UGAUAAUAGCUGCAAAUGGUUCAAUUUUAACCGUGUUUACCAACUGCCUGCGCAUUUCAAUGAACCCCAUGAAUCACAACUGAAUGAAGACUGUUUGGGGUAUAAAUACGGACUGCAAACACUAGUUGGACAUCACAUUCCACUGCUACUCCCAACAGUACAACAAACCCACAAAUCCUCAACAUGUUCAAAUACGCCGUUGUUAUCUUCGCCAUCGUCGCUGCCGUCUCUGCCAAGCCUGGUAUACUCCGGGGCAGUCCCCUGGCUUACAAUGCUCCAUUGCCUGGUAUACUCCUGGGCAGUCCCCUGGCUUACAAUGCUCCAUUGGUAGCUGCUGCUCCCGCUGCAGUGGUUGCAGCUCCUGCUCCUUAUGUGACUGCCACCAGCAGCCAGGUCUUCGCCCGCAACUACAAUGGCAUCGCCGCUGCUCCAGUGAUCGCUCCAGUGGCUGCUCCAGUCAUCGCCAAGUAUGCUGCUGCUCCAUUGGCUGCUCCAGUCAUCGCCAAGUACGCAGCUGCUCCAUUGGCUGCUCCAGUCAUCGCCAAGUACGCAGCUGCUCCAUUGGCUGCUCCUUUGGCCUACAGCAGUCCUUUGGCAUACAGCUCGCCUUUGACUUAUGCUGCUCCUGCUCCAGUUCUUUUGUAA